AUGGCAGAAAUAUACCAGAAGAAGGAGCUCCUCGCCCUCAUGAAAGAGGGAGCCAACAACAAGUGUAUCGACUGCGACGCUCCCUCGCCCCAGUGGGCUUCUGUAUCCUAUGGCACAUUCAUCUGCCUCGAGUGCUCUGGCGUGCAUAGAGGGUUUGGUGUGCAUAUCAGUUUUGUGAGGAGUAUCACUAUGGAUAAGUGGUCUGAGGCGCAGGUCAAGAAGAUGAAGUUGGGCGGGAAUCAAAAGUUUAAGGAUUUCUUGGAGAGCUAUGGACCUGAGGGAGGGUAUACGAAGGGUGUGGGAAUGUCGGAAAAAUACAACUCUUGGGCUGCUGCCCAGUAUCGCGACAAGCUCGCUGCUGAAUGUGCCGACCCUCCCCAAGAAUGGUCUCCCUCCGCUCCUCCACCCUCUGCCCCCGUCCGACCCGAAUCGGCCCAAGCUACCCGAAAAUCCAGAGCCGGCGGCUCCCUGGGCCCCUCACGUACCAACAGCCCCUCCGUCCCCCAAGGCUACUCUGACUACAACCAGCCCGCCAACAACAGCCGUAACGACGCUCAGCGCGCGCAGAAUGAAGCCUUCUUUGAGCGUAUGGGCAACGCCAACGCCUCGCGACCGGAUGACCUUCCUCCGUCUCAAGGCGGGCGAUAUGCAGGGUUCGGAUCGACCCCUGCCCCGGACCCGUCGUCAGCCCACGCUUCGUACGGCACGAGCUCGCACUCUGCUCCCACGCUUGAUGAAUUCCAACGUAACCCUAUAGGCGCCCUGAGCAAAGGCUGGGGCCUCUUCUCUUCGGCCGUAGCGCUUGCGGGCAGGGAAGUCAAGACGUCUGUCGUUGACCCCGGGCUUGCCCGAGCUCAGGCGCUGGCGGCUGGAGAAGGGUCGGAAGAGUGGAAGCGUUACUUUAAUGAUGCUUCCGUACGAGCUCGGGAAGCUGGGGGUUGGAUUGGGACGCAGGCGCAGACGGGGUGGGAGGGGUUCAAUGAUGUUGCCAAGGCUCGGGGCGGGGUCGACUUUAACGAGCAGUUCAACAAGCUCGGCAUCAACAAACAUGACCAGGGUAAUCAGGGGUAUGAAGGGUACGGCCAAGUUGGGGAGGAGCCGCUGUCGGCCAAGGGCGGAGCGAGCGGUGGGUAUGGGCAGAAGAAUGGGGGCAAGGUGCAGGAGGAGGAAGACUUUUUCGACUCGUGGGGUGUUGGCGAAAGCACCGGGGGUAAGGGGAAGGGCAAGAACGAUUAG